GGAAGUCCCAGUUUUGGGAGAUCACCGAAUUCGUCAAGCAGAGCAGGGUCACCUCAUGGCGGUAUCCGAUCUCUUUCAGCGCGCGGCACAGGUUCAAGACCCAGCCGUUCGGCAAGCCUGCCAGGCGGGUCACCUUACCUUGGCAGUGGCUGGGGUACUCGGGGUCCUGGUUACUUUGCGUCACGAGUAUGAGUCCGGCUGGUGGCCGCUCCUCGCGCCUUCCAAGUCCAACGGGAAGAGGGGUCCCACGCGGCGAUGUUCGCAAUACUAGCUCUCGUUUGCCACGGUCCGGCAGUCUCCUCGAUCGUCAAUCUCCCGUGCGAAUGCGUGACGUUGAAUGGUUGAGAUUGACCAACCGCCA